AUGGAGGUCUAUUCUUUCGUUUGUUUUUUUCAAGGCGAAGAACAACCCUGUCUCAUUUCCAACGAGACGGGUCACCUACUGGUGCCGCUUCCCUCCAAAGUCGAUGGUGAAGAGAGAUGCAUCUCCGUGCGUAAGGCGAAGAAGGUCGAGGCGGACUGCUGUGUUCCUCGCAUACACGCUGGAGCGCUUGAGGCAGUUGCGCAACCUUCGGACUGAGAGGCUCAAACAGGUCGGAAACAAUUGCGAGAACACCGCUCAUUUUUUCUGCCUUCGCCUCUGCCUCGGUCUUGCCUUCUGGAAUCUCCUGAAACACAAAAUCAAAAGCGAAAAAGAAAGUCAGAAAAGCAGACAACACUCCGUCUUCAGUUCCUGUGGGGGUGUGAAGCUCGCGAACGAGUUUGCGGCCAAGCUGCUGUCGAGAGACAUUCGAAAACAAAUACCCAUUCAAACGCAGUCUUGUGUCCACGCACACCCACCUGCAUCUGUGAUGCAGCGCUCUCUUUUCCGGAGACAAAAGAGAGAUAAAGACAGGCAGCCGGAAAAGAGGGGGAACACAAGAAAAAGAAUUCUGUGUCUC